CCCCUUGAAAAAAAAGAAAAAACCCAAACCGCGAAGUCCAAUUCCCAUCACGCGCUCUAACCCGACGUGCCCUGGACUGUCCUCCUCCCUCCUCCUGCUACUUAUUUAUUUCCCUUGUUGUGGCUUUUGUUUCUAAGUUCGCCAGCAGCUCUAUUAGGUGGAAUUUUAAUUUCUCCUAUUUUAGACAAAUAAGCGUGAAUUUCUCGAGAACUUCGAGAUCAAGAUCAACCUCAGCCGUUCGAUUUACAUCUCCAAAUACACUUAUUUGUCUUCCCCAAUAAACCCAGUUCUGUUUUUCUGCCUCUGUUCCAGUUCGUUGCCUCUCUGAUUCUAUAUAAAAGCAUUUCCCUCUCCAAAAUUGGUAGCGGAGCAGUAGUUUUCCGGCCAAUUUCUUGGUCGGAGGCCUAAGGCCUGGGGAGGGGAGGGUAAACUGACCUUUGGCGUGGGAUAAAUGCUCUAAAUGGGUUGUUUUAGUUCUAAAGCAAGGCGGCAGUUUCCUGGACACGAGGAUCCAGUGAGCCUUGCUUCGCAAACAGCUUUUACGGUGAGUGAAGUUGAAGCACUCUUUGAGCUAUAUAAGAGUAUUAGCAGUUCUGUGAUUGAUGAUGGGUUGAUAAACAAGGAAGAAUUUCAGCUAGCCAUUUUCAAGAAUAGAAAGAAAGAAAAUCUCUUUGCAAAUCGGAUAUUUGAUCUGUUUGAUGUGAAGCGAAAGGGUGUUAUUGAUUUCAGUGACUUUGUGAAAUCACUCAAUGUCUUCCAUCCCAAUGCCCAACUAGAGGACAAGAUUGAUUUUUCAUUUAAGCUUUAUGAUUUGGAUAGCACGGGAUUUAUCGAGCGCCAAGAGGUCAAACAAAUGUUAAUUGCACUUCUUUGUGAGUCUGAAAUGAAGCUGGCUGAUGAGACUAUUGAGCUAAUUCUUGACAAGACUUUCUUGGAAGCUGAUGUAAAUCAAGAUGGGAAGAUCGACAAAUAUGAAUGGAACAAUUUUGUCUCUAAGAAUCCAUCAUUAUUAAAGAUCAUGACCCUCCCCUAUCUUAGGGAUAUUACUACUACAUUUCCAAGUUUUGUAUUUAAUUCUGAGGUUGAUGAGAUUGCUACGUGAGAGGCAGUAGCGUAGAAAGAUCCUGCAUUAGCGUUUAAUUUUAGUGGCUUGUAGUUUUUUUUUUGGGGGGGUUGAAAUCAACUGUGAAAACAAAAGAAAUGAAGGAAAUUGGUAUAUUUGAUGCAAGGAGGUAGAGCUGCCUGCGAUGGGUUAUAAAAUCACCCAGUAGUAAGUUCUUUUUGGUCGAUUUGUAAAGCACCUUCCAUAUAAUGGAAAUUUUCUAGCCAUUUAUGUAUAGGUUUUUUCUCAUGUUAUUGAAGAUAACCAUGCAAUUUGGAGUGGGUAAAGAUGUUUUUCGA